AUGUACGCCCUGGCCCGGAACGAUGUGAGAGACGUCGAACGUCGCCGCAAACAGCGCGAUCUGAAGCGGCUAUACCGCGAACGUUGCAGAAACGACGUGCGGGCCAUGCAGAUGCAGGUGGCUCAGCUCGAGCUUAUGUACGACGUGCUGCUGGGCGCCCACCAAGACACGGCCAUACCGUCGCGUCGUGCGCUAUCUUCACUCAGGCAGCAAUACACAGUAGCCACUGAAGAGCUCAAAGUGUUGCGGCUUGAGAUUGCAGUGGCUAAGCAAAAGCUGGUCCGGUUCGGCAGGUUCGCGUCGUCUCUUACAGUGUAUUUGGCAGAUUUUGACACGGCGCCCGUCAUCGCCGCUGCAGCGCCGACUCUGAAUACUUCCGCGGUGUUGGGGCCUGUUGUUACCGAAACGCGUGCACGAUUGACAUUGGAAGAGUGUAAGGAGGUGAUCAAGAAGUGUUACUACGAGAUCUGUGCCCGGCGGUUUCAUGGAAAGAGCUUGAGCUCAGGCAUGCACAUACUUGGCUGGGAGGACCAAAUGUACCUUGACGGCACGACGGUUCAGUUUGCGGUAACGAAGCGGAUUACUGGCAUGUCAGCAGACACGCUCAUGCACAAGACGUGGGACAUUUUGACCACUGCACAGCACAUGCGCACGAUCCAGUACUCAACAAUCGGCCUGAAGGUGCUACACAAGAUCAGCGAGGAUGCAUUGGUGCUUCAGCGCUGCGUGCACCAUCCGCAGCUAAACACUGUUACUUGGAACAAUAUGGUCAUGUUUCGACUACGUUGUCCUCGCGGAUAUGUGGUGGCAUACCAGGCUAUCGAUCACCCAGCCUACGCCGAGGUGCACACGGAGUCUUUUCACGGGCUCGAGUCUCUCUGGGACCAAUACUCACGGCCCAAAUUGUCCUGUGUCAAUACUUUCCAGUGGGUCCUUUUCGAGGAAGACGAGAAUUUCAGCUUCGACAUGAACAGCGAGGGCUUUGAUUUUGAACUGCUGGACAUUAAUGGCCGCACUGACUUCUCGUCCGACUUCAAAACGGAAGUCCCGAGAAGGAGAGGAAGGAGUGUCGCACCAGAAGAGUUCAAAGAAUCACCGCAAUCCACGUUUGGUAUCAAAGUAUCAUAUGGGGGCAGAGUGGACAACCAAGACGCGUCCUAUGCUCGUUUUUACAUGUUCGAAGUUCUUACGUACAUGAUCCGCUGGGAGAAUGCCGUUGGAUCGACGCAGCUUACGUUUUAG